AUGUCCAGAGGAUACGAACCGCUUGAUUGUGGUUUCGAUCGUACCAGUCAAGACAUCAGCCUUCGGAAUAUCCCAUCAGCGAGUGGAUACGACAGUGUCAGUCAACUCACAGAAUAUGAAGAUGGGUUUGAAAACGACAGCACAUCCAGCCUCAGCCCGAACGCCAGCGCCGUUGACCCUUUGACUACUGUCUCCGCACUUCCAAAGCAUAUUCCCCAUAGCUCCGCUCCCAGUCUCGUGGCACAGGAAGCGCCGCGUCGAUCAAAAAGCACUGGCCCCCAUCCUAGCGACAGUGCUGAACAGCAGCAAUUCCAAGAGAUCGAUCCCAGUCCUAAGCAACGCUCCACUCUGGUGUCCAAAUACUACCAGAAUUGGUGGUUCUGGGAACUUGCAGGCGCAAUUCUGAGCGCCGUAUGCAUUUUAGCCGUGGUCAUCUUGGCUUACAACAUCAACAAGACUUUACUCUCUGCGUGGAAGCUCCCUUUGAGUCCAAGCACCAUGAUCUCCACCUUCAUCACUAUUGCCAAGACUGCAAUGCUACUCCCGGUCUCCGAAGGUCUGAGCCAGCUGAAGUGGCUUUAUUUCUGGAUCGACCGUUCCAAAUACCGACCGCUACGUGACAUCGAAGCUUUUGAAGACGCUAGCCGAGGGCCAUGGGGAUCACUCUUGAUCUUCGGUCGGAUCGGUUUUCAGCGGGGAUCACCGCUCACUCUAGUCGGAGCAUUCAUCACGAUUGCUACUCUCGCAAUGGGACCCUUUGCCCAGCAGGUCAUUUCUUUCAAACAGGAAAAUGUUCCACAACCUGGUGUCAACUCCACCAUUUCUAUUGCGAGGGUGUACGACACAGGUAUAAUACCGACUCGUUUGUCUCUCUAUAACCCCAAUGUUGUCGACACGGCUAUGCAGGGUGCAAUCUUCAAUGGCCUAUUCGACCGUAGUGCUCCAUUCGACUUUUUCUGUCCUUCAGGAAAUUCAGAGCAUGGUAAGAACUUCACGUUUAAAACGCCAGGAGGCAUCCAAGUGAGAAUGAGUCAAUAUGAUUCGGAUUGGGCUUCGUACGAUCUUGUUGGUGGCGCCUAUCGGUGGAAGCGAAGUAUUGCCAUUGCCCAGGCUGAAGGGGAAGGAGUGGGCUUCAUGUUCGAGCCUUCAGUCUUUUAUUUCUCCGACCCUAAUUUCAAGAAAGUUUUCUAUCGGAUCACCGAAUGCAAUAUCACUUGCCUCUUACAGCAGAUUGAGCAGAUCAACGGCAGUUUGACCAACUUCUCUACUGAAGAUACUCCCCUGGAUCAAAUGGGAGUGAUGGAUGAUAGUUGGACCUUAAGACUGUCUCCAUUUGGCAGCAACGAUACUCAUCGGCCAGCCAUGCCGCCAUGGGGAAACGAACCUUUCGUAGUCAACGGGGGCGACAACUCGAACAUCAAUCAACUUAUCUCAGAAAUAUUCGACUUCAACAUUAGUUCGUGGAACAGGAAGCACAAAUACGAAUUCAACGCCGGACUCCCUCUUUACAAGAGAAACGUCAGCGAAAUCAUGUCCAACAUCACCGACAGCAUGACGAACACCAUCCGCCACGGCAGGAACGCAACAGUGGCAAAUGGCGUCGUCCUCCAGACGGACACGAUCAUACUGGUCCAGUGGAACUGGCUUAUUCUCCCGAUUGCGCUCGUGGUCCUCGACUUCGUUUUCCUUGCGUUCGUCAUCUGCGUGACUAGCAGCCAAGGUGCACCGCUGUGGAAGUCGGGACUGAUACCGUUAUUCUUCCACGGUUUGGAGGAGGGCUGUGGUGGUCGGGAUGAGCAGCAGCAGCGAUCCCGGGGAGACAGAAGGCUUGAGACGCGGAGCGAGAUGGAGGAGGAAGCGGUCCGCAUGAGCGUGCGGUUGCAGCGGGGUCAGGAUGAUCGAACUCGCUUUGUGGUGCUUUAG